AUGGCAGAAACGGAUGAGACGAGGCGGCCCUCGGUCGAGGACCAAGAGGACCAAGUCUCCGACCUGCCCUCUCAAGAGCAAACGCUCACCAACGAAGAGAGCACAGAGAGCUCAAUUCCCAAGCGAGUGCCGUCUCUCCGGUCCGUCUCAGAUCCCCCCGGCCGCACCCCUAACUCGACGGCGCGCGGUCUCCUCGAUGAUGCUAGAAAUCCUGCGCGUCUUGGAGGCCCCGCGGGCGCCCCCCUCGCUGGACGAUUGGGCGCGCUCGAUGCCAACGUGCUGGCCAAGGCACGGCGUCUGCAGCAGGAUCGCAUGAAGAUGGGCGGCUCCAAUCCCAGCACACCUGCCUCACCCGGCGCCAUGUCGCCCUUGGGCGGAGGCCCCAACGGCUUGGUGCCGCGCAUGCCCACCAACAUGGUCCGUCCGGGGCCAGGCGUGCACGUCAACUCGGCCCCGGCUGUCACGCGGCCGUCUCUUAUGGAUCGCCGCGGCGCCGGCCUUAAACUGUCCGACAUGAGCAGCUCACCUGCCAGUCCCGCGCCCAGCAUGCGACGUGCCGGCGCCCCAAAGCUGUCCGACAUGGGCGGCGGAACUCCCAGCGGCGCGAGCACAAGCAACUCCACCCCGGGCUCGAAGCUUGAUGACUUUAAGAAGUACAUCGAUGCGGAAAAAGGCUGGAUUACAUUUGAUGGUGCGGCGACGAUUACCAAGUCUGGCGUCAACUUUGCCAACGGGCAAACAUUCAAGAUUUCGCUCGACGAGGUAGAAACCGUAAGCGAGCUCGGCAAGGGCAACUACGGUACCGUCUACAAGGUCCGCCAUACCAAGCCCAAGGGUCCUCGCUUCGGCCAAGGCCUGUCUGGCUUCAAGGCCCACCAGGUCCGCGACAACGAAGACAAGGCGGGGCCUGACGACGGCACCACGGGCAAACUCAUGGCCAUGAAGGAGAUUCGACUGGAGCUGGACGAUGCAAAGUUUACCACGAUUCUCAAGGAGCUCGUCAUUCUGCACGAGUGCGUGUCGCCGUACAUUAUCGACUUUUACGGGGCCUUUUACCAAGAAGGUGCCGUCUACAUGUGCAUCGAGUACAUGGACGGCGGCUCCAUCGACAAGCUGUACCGCGGCGGUAUCCCUGAGAACAUCCUGCGCAAGAUUACCCACGCGACGGUCAACGGGCUAAAAUGCCUGAAAGACGACCACAAUAUUAUCCACCGUGACGUUAAGCCCACCAACAUACUCGCCAACACGCGCGGACAGGUCAAAAUUUGCGAUUUCGGCGUCAGCGGCAACCUCGUGGCGAGCAUCGCCAAGACCAACAUUGGCUGCCAGAGCUACAUGGCGCCGGAGCGGAUAUCGGGCGGCGGAAUGGCACAGUCGGGCAACGCGGAAGGCACAUACAGCGUACAGAGCGACGUAUGGAGUCUAGGCUUGACGAUCAUUGAAUGUGCCCUGGGACGAUAUCCAUAUCCACCGGAAGUAUCGUCGACGAUUUUCGGUCAAUUGAACGCCAUUGUCGAAGGAGAGCCGCCGACGCUUCCUGCCGAGGGCUACUCGGACACGGCGCAGGACUUUGUCAAGGGCUGCACCAACAAAAUCCCGCUGAAGCGCCCGACGUACGCGGCCAUGCUCAAGCACCCCUGGCUGAGCUCCCUCUCCAAGCCCGUCACAAUAGCGGAAGAGACGGAGGAGGGCGAGGAGGCGGAGCAAGUGGCGGCCAAGGUCGGCCAGAUGGCGCUCAGCUCUGACACAGACGACGACGAGGUUGCUGAAUGGGUCAAGGGCGCGCUGCUGCGGAAGGCCAUUGGCGAUACCGGCGGCAGCAGCGAGGAGAAGACGCCCACGUCAGCGGGAAGACCUGCACUGCAUGCCGCGCCGCUGGACAGUAUACUUGGAAGGAGGGAGAAACCAGGAGUGUUGAUUUCUGUUACUGGUACUAUCUAG